AUGGCCUGGGCUCUGCUCCUCCUCAGCCUCCUCUCUCAGGGCACAGGGUCCUGGGCCCAGGCGGCCCUCACUCAGCCUCCCUCUGUGUCUGGGACUCCUGGGACGUCAGUCACCAUCUCCUGUGCUGGGAGCAGCAAUGACGUUGGGCGUUAUAAUGAAGUCUCCUGGUACCAGCAGCGCCCGGGCACGGUUCCCAAACUCCUGAUUUAUGGUGUCAGCUAUCGGCCCUCAGGGAUCCCUGCGCGCUUCUCUGGCUCCAAGUCUGGCAGCACGGCCACCCUGACCAUCUCUGGGCUGCAGGCUGAGGACGAAGGCUGA